AUGGGAAAAAACGUGGUUUCUGACGAAGAAGAUGAGGUGGAGUUCGAAGACGAAGAGAGAGAGCCUGUUGAUGGAGAUAGAAUUGGCCGUGAUGACGAUGAUGAAGAUGAGGACGAUGAAGAAGGGCAGGAUGAAUAUGAGAAGGAUGAUUUUAUAGUGGAUGAUGUUGAGGAAGAAGAUGAGGUGGAAGAAGAAGAGGAUAAGGCAGAUAGUGGUGAAGAGAGGCACAAGAAGAAGAAAAAAAGAAGAAAAGCUGAAGAUGUCCUCGAUGAAGAUGAUUACGAGCUCCUGCGAGACAACAAUGUGUACCAUCAUCGGCCAAAGGAUAGCAAAAAAUUUAAGCGUUUGAAGAAAGCUCAGAGGGAUUCAGAUGAGGACCGAUAUGGGCUUUCUGAUGAUGAGUUUGAUGGAACUGGUAAAGGUGGGCGAACCGCUGAGGAGAAACUGAAGCGCAGCUUAUUUGGUGAUGAUGAAGGGAUUCCUCUUGAGGAUAUGCCUGAAGAGGAGGAGCAAGAAGAAGUGGAAGAGGAUGCAGACAUUGGCGAUGAGGAUGAGAUGGCUGAUUUUAUUGUGGAUGAAGAUGACGAAGAUGGAACUCUAGUAAGACGGAAGAAGCUAAAGAAAAAGAAAUCUCGGCAGGCAUCUGGAGUUUCAUCUUCUGCUUUGCAAGAAGCUCAAGAAAUAUUUGGCGACGUUGAUGAACUCAUACAGAUACGCAAGCAAGGGUUGGAAUCUAGUGAAUGGAAAGAAAGGAGAUUGGAAGAUGAAUUUGAGCCAACUGUUCUUUCUGAAAAAUACAUGACUGAGAAAGAUGAUCGGAUUCGGAUGAUUGAUAUUCCUGAAAGAAUGCAGGUAUCCGAGGAAAGCACUGGUCCUCCUCCAUUGGAUGAUUUCAGCAUACUGGAGGAGAGCAACUGGAUAUAUGGUCAGAUUGCAAGUGGAUCAUUACCUUUGUUUGCCAACAGUGGACUGUUUAUAAACAAAGAUGAUGUCACCCGAUUUUUGGAAUUACAUCACAUUCAGAAGCUAGAUAUCCCCUUCAUUGCUAUGUAUCGAAAGGAGGAGUGUUUAAGCCUGUUGAAAGAUCCUGAGCAACAUGAAGAUGAUGAAAAUCCUGAUGACACUGAUAGAAUUCCCACAUUCAAGUGGCACAAGGUGCUUUGGGCCAUCCAAGACUUGGACAGGAAGUGGCUACUUUUGCAGAAACGAAAGAGUGCCCUCAAUUCAUACUACAAUAAGCGAUUUGAAGAAGAAUCUCGACGGAUAUACGAUGAAACGAGACUCAAUUUAAAUCAGCAGCUGUUUGAGUCAAUUCUUAAAUCACUCAAGAGUGCAGACUCGGAAAGAGAGGUUGAUGAUGUUGAUGCAAAAUUUAACCUGCAUUUUCCUCCAGGUGAGGUUGGUGUGGAUGAAGGACAGUACAAGAGGCCCAUGCGGAGAUCACAAUACAGCAUCUGUAGUAAAGCUGGCCUAUGGGAAGUUGCAAACAAAUUUGGGUACAGUGCUGAGCAACUGGGAAUGCAGUUAUCUUUAUUGAAGAUGGAGGACGAGUUGCAGGAUGCCAAGGAAACACCAGAGGAGAUGGCUUCAAAUUUCACAUGUGCAAUGUUUGAAAGUCCCCAAACAGUUCUUAAAGGGGCAAGGCACAUGGCUGCAGUUGAGAUAAGUUGUGAGCCCUGUGUCAGGAGAUAUGUCCGUUCCAUUUUUAUGGAAAAUGCUGUAGUGUCUACAAGUCCAACGGCAGAUGGGAAUGCUGCUAUAGAUUCUUUUCAUCAGUUUGCAGGUGUCAAGUGGUUGCGGGAAAAGCCAAUCAAGGUGUUUGAGGAUGCGCAGUGGCUCCUCAUCCAAAAGGCUGAAGAGGAGAAACUUCUUCAAGUCACCAUUAAGCUUCCACAAAAAGUUAUGGAUCAAUUGAUCGAGGACUGCAAUGGUCGCUACCUGAGUAUUGGUGUAAGUAAAUAUGCUCAACUGUGGAAUGAGCAAAGAAGUUUGAUACUGAAGGAUGCACUCUUUGGUUUUUUGUUACCUUCAAUGGAGAAAGAGGCUAGAUCCUUGUUGACGAGUAGAGCUAAAAACUGGUUGCUUUGGAAAUAUGGGAAGGCUUUGUGGAAUAAAGUCUCUGUGGGCCCAUAUCAACGGAAAGAAAGUGAUGUUUCCAUGGAUGAUGAAGCUGCACCAAGGGUGAUGGCUUGCUGUUGGGGUCCUGGAAAGCCAGCAACUACUUUUGUGAUGUUAGAUUCAUCUGGGGAGGUUUUAGAUGUACUUUACACUGGGUCCCUUACAUUGCGAUCUCAGAAUGUUAAUGAUCAGCAACGCAAGAAAAAUGAUCAGCAACGUGUUCUGAAAUUUAUGACAGACCACCAGCCACAUGUGGUUGUUCUGGGAGCUGUGCACUUGUCUUGUACUAGACUGAAGGAUGAUAUUUAUGAGAUCAUUUUUAAAAUGGUGGAGGAAAACCCCAGAGAUGUUGGACAUGAGAUGGAUGAACUGAGCAUUGUGUAUGGGGACGAGUCUCUCCCUCGUCUUUAUGAAAAUUCUCGGAUUUCUUCUGAUCAACUGCCUGGCCAGUCAGGCAUUGUUAAACGUGCUGUUGCUUUAGGCCGUUAUCUUCAAAAUCCUCUGGCUAUGGUUGCAACCCUAUGUGGACCGGCUAGGGAGAUUUUAUCUUGGAAACUAAACUCUUUGGAGAACUUUCUCACACCUGAUGAGAAAUAUGUGGUUAUAGAACAAGUUAUGGUGGAUGCCACAAACCAGGUGGGCCUUGACAUUAAUUUGGCCACAAGCCAUGAGUGGUUAUUUGCUCCUUUACAGUUCAUUUCUGGGCUUGGACCCAGAAAGGCAGCAUCUCUGCAGAGGUCUCUGGUAAGAACUGGAGCGAUUUUCACUCGCAAGGACUUUGUGACCGUUCAUGGUCUUGGUAAAAAGGUGUUUGUCAAUGCUGUUGGAUUUUUGCGUGUCCGGAGGAGUGGCCUUGCUGCUAGCAGCAGCCAGUUCAUUGACGUAUUGGAUGACACGAGGAUACAUCCAGAAUCCUAUGGUCUCGCACAGGAGUUGGCAAAAGACAUUUAUGAAAAGGACAGUGGUGAUGUAAAUGAUGACGAUGAUGCACUAGAGAUGGCAAUAGAGCACGUUAAGGAGCGGCCUAAUUUAUUGAAAACAUUUGCUUUUGAUAAGUAUCUUGAAGACAAGAAGCGGGACAACAAGAAGGAUACUUUCAUGGAUAUAAGAAGGGAAUUAAUACAAGGUUUCCAGGAUUGGCGGAAACAAUAUAAAGAACCAACUCAGGAUGAGGAAUUUUAUAUGAUUUCAGGUGAAUCUGAGGAUACCCUUGCUGAAGGGAGAAUUAUACAAGCCACGGUUCGCAGGGUGCAAGGUGGAAAGGCAAUAUGUGCAUUGGAAUCUGGUCUAACUGGGAUUCUUAUGAAGGAGGACUAUGCUGAUGAUUGGAGGGAUAUACCCGAGUUGUCCGACAAGCUGCGUGAAGAUGAUAUACUGACUUGCAAGAUCAAAUCAAUUCAAAAGAAUAGAUAUCAAGUAUUCCUUGUUUGCAAAGAUAGUGAGAUGAGAAGUAACCGAUAUCAGCAAGUCCGAAACCUUGAUGACUAUUAUCAUGAAGACCAAAGCAGUCUGAGGAGUGAGCAGGAUAAGGUUCGAAAAGAUAGGGAGCAUGCAAAGAAACAUUUUAAGCCUAGGAUGAUUGUUCAUCCACGCUUCCAGAAUAUAACGGCUGAUGAAGCAAUGGAGUUCUUAUCCGACAAGGAUCCUGGAGAAAGUAUUAUUCGUCCUAGUUCUCGUGGGCCCUCAUAUUUAACUCUUACUCUUAAAGUUUAUGAUGGAGUUUAUGCUCACAAAGACAUAACAUUGAAAAUCGGAGAGGACACUUUUGAGGAUUUGGAUGAGGUGAUGGACCGCUAUGUUGAUCCCUUGGUGGGCUACCUCAAGGCAAUGCUAGGUUAUCGCAAGUUCAGAAGUGGCACUAAAGCAGAAGUUGAUGAGCUCCUUAGGAUUGAGAAAUCACAACAGCCUACUAGGAUAGUUUAUUCGUUUGGCAUUUCUCAUGAACACCCAGGCACGUUCAUUCUCACUUAUAUAAGGAGUACAAAUCCUCAUCAUGAGUAUGUCGGUCUAUAUCCCAAGGGAUUCAAGUUUCGAAAGCGUAUGUUUGAGGACAUUGAUCGGCUUGUGGCAUAUUUUCAAAAGCAUAUAGACGAUCCCUUGCACGAAUCGGCACCAUCAAUUAGGUCAGUUGCUGCUAUGGUCCCAAUGCGAAGCCCUGCAACUGGGGGCUCUUCCUGGGGUGGUUCAACCAAUGAAGGUGGCUGGAGGGGGCACUCUUUUGACAGAGAUCGUUCUUCGGGUCCAGGUUCCAGGACAGGUCGAAAUGAUUAUAGAAGUGGUGGUAGUCGAGAUGGUCAUCAGAGUGGGGCACCAAGACCAUAUAGUGGGCGAGGACGUGGUCGUGGCUCGUAUAACAGCGGCAGAGGAAAUAGUGGUGGCAAUGAGAGGCAGGAUUCUGGAUAUGAAAAGUCCAGAUGGGAUUCAGGUACCAAGGAUGGUGGCGAAGGUUGGGGCAGUUUCCCAGGUGCCAAAGUCCAAAACUCACCUGGUAGGGAAGCUUUCCCAGGUGGCUGGGGAACUGGUGUGAGCAGUGGUGGUGAUAAUGGUGGUUGGGGUGGCGGAGCUAGUGGUGGUGAUAAUGUUGGUUGGGGUCGUGGAAACGGUGGCAGCACUGAUGGUGGGAGUUCUGGGUGGGGUACUACCACUAGCGCGAAAAGAGGUUCAACACAAGGGGGCUGGGACGCUGGUGGAGGUGGAACUGGCAAUGGGGGUGACUCGGGUCAUGGAAGUGGAGCAGGAGGCACUGAUAAUGGGAGUUCUGGGUGGGGUAAUAGCUCUCAAAAGGGUGUAGUACAAAGUGGCAAGGGUCCUGGUGGAAGUGGCCGUGGUGGAGCCACUGACCAUGGGAGUUCUGAAUGGGGUACUACCCCCAAGAGAGGUUCUUCGGAGUCACAAGCCAACAAUGGAUGGUCAGGAGGCAGCAGUUGGUGA